CUGGCAGAGCACGGCAUCCGUCGCGUAGGCUCGCACAGGACACCGAGCAAGUAGAACACGAGCACCGGAGGCGAGAAGGGUCUUUCGGCUUCGGCUUCGGCUUCAGUAGUGUUGUUGUUAGGGUUGAUUGUCUUGUCUUGUUCGUGGUGCCGGAGCGAGAGAGUGCGAGAGAGAGCGAGCGAGCGAGAGCGUGGAAUUGUGUGCUUUGAGUGUUACCGCGAGGGACAGAGAUUUGGUAGAGGCUUGUUCUUGUGUACAUUGAAGAGCUUUGUGACCUUAUUAGCUGCGGCAAGAGAGAGAGAGAGAGAGAGAGAGAGAGGUAGGGUAGAUAGAGGUAGAGGAAGAAGAGUUUAGGGAAGACAGAGGGCCGGAGCGGAGAAGGCCGGAACCGUAAGGUUGUGGUGGUGGCCGGUUGGUGAGGCUUCGUGAGGGCUUCAUUACGACGGGUCAAAUUGGGUUACGACAAAGAGAGACAGAUCGAAUGGAGAAGUGUCCCGUUCAUUGAUUGCUUGGGCCAACUCCCCCUUCCCCGUCCUCUUGGUCUGCGACACAUCUCUUCGUCUCUCGUCGUCUGCCGUUCGUGGACAUCGUGCAGCCUCGGGGUGACUUGCAUCGCCUGGUGCUGUUUUUUUUCUUCGAUCGCAUGUGGCAUACUCUGAUCAGGGGAACUCUUGUGAGCAUCGAUUGGUUCCUUUAUCCCUUGAGAAGUCAAAGCUUAUUUGUGCUGCCGACCUCUCGGUGUUCCGGGUCACGGAGUUUGCCAAUUCGUCGACACCUUUGUUCUCGUUCAAUUAUUAGUGAAGGCCCCGAGUGAGUUGCAAUUAUGAGUUUCAUCGCAACUGACGUCGCGAGCUCUUACACCUGUCGGAUUCUAUGGACCCCAGUUCCCUGAGGGGAUUCUUUCAUGUGUCCGCGCAGCGUGUAGUUCUUUUCAGUAGCUAGCUAGCUUUAGAUUGAGCACUCGUUUGGGGCUGACAAACUCGUCCGUUCCCAUUCAAGAAGUGGACACACAUUACCAUCUAACUUAAUCUCGGCAUCAGCCAAGCCCAUCCACGCUACUCACGUCCUGAAGUCGCUCCUGAGUGUCCUUCCCUCCUCUUUCCCUCCGAGCGGAAGAUUCAUUGUUCCGGUUUUUUCCCGAUCGCCGUUGUGAUCUCUAUCAUUCGUGUCCAAUUAACUUCCGAACUUGCAAAUUGCCUCGGGUGGUGGCAUUCUCGCGGCGCCUGUACAUUUUUGAACACCUAUAUUGAACUCGGAGGGUUAAUCUCAUAUCGAACUUCGUGAGACAUUCCCUCUCCACUACUUCACAUAUCCCGCCAUUAGCCCGGACCGUCUUUCAAAUCUUUGUAGCUAUUUUACCCCCUUCCUGUCAACGACUAGACGGAAAAUAACAUCUGCUGCCAACGGGGAAUUACGCCCGCGUCGAUUCGAAUAGUUAGAGCAUUCUUCCGAGCAGAUUUUGCAAGGCGAAGUUGGAGCUGUAACCAUGAAGGAGAAGGAUGUAGAAAUUAGUGCCAGUCCUCGGUACAUGAGUCCGAUCGUCAAGCAGGACCUCGCCAGGCUGGAUAAGGAUACGGAAAGCAGGCGCAGUGCGAUGGACUCUUUGAAGCACUUCGUCGAGAACUUAGACCCGGCCUCCAUGCCUCGUUUUCUUGCCCAGGUUUCGGAGAUAAGAGAUCAAGGCGCAUCGAAAACUUACGCUAUAUCACUAUAUGAGGAAGUUGCUCGAGUUCAUGGAAAACUCAUUAUCCCUCACAUACCUCGUGUGAUGGCUACCGUGACGAGAUCCUUGUCCUCGAGUGGAAGUUCACCUCAGCUCCAUCAGGCUUGCGCGAAAGUUGUCUCUGCGGUCGCGAGGUACUCGAUCGAUGACACUUCCCUCUUGCAAGCUGAUGAGAUUCUUCGCGAGGUGUGCGACCCACUUCUAGAGGAGCUUGCCGGGAAAAUAGAGCCCGUGGCAGCUGGUGCAGCAGUUUGUUUGCAGGCUUUGGUCGAGUGCGGGAAAUGGGGAAAUGCGUCAGACGAGGUCGUGAACGAAGCGUGCUUGCGCACAACAGUUGCCAUGGGAGAGAAGAGCACUCGGACUGUCGCGCACAUGCAACUUACUUGUGCUUUGGCCACCGCUAAUCCAACUAUUAUGAGUGCGUAUGGUGUCCCUCUUCUCAGAGCUGGAGUGGAGAUUCUUACACAUAUACCGGCUUCCGCUUCUGCUCCUGCUUCUUGGCAGCAAAGAGCAUGUGCUGCACGUCUCCUACAGGUUGUUCUCCCAAUUGUUGAUAGAGCCACCCUUUCUUCUGAGUUAGGACCUACCAUUAAGGCGCUGGACAGCUGCAAGCAUGACAGGAUGCCCCACGUAAGAACGGCUGUGAGUGAAGCUCUCAAAACGGCAAAACUUCUUCUGGUGGAGGAUAAGUUUCGGCGGAAUGGUGAUGGUGAGGAUCCUCUGGGCAUUCCACCCCUCAACUUCUUCUCAGAGAAUGACAAGCACUUCAAGAAAGCUUCUCGCAGAAAGAGUCUCUUCGCUGUGUCGGAAGAAUACAUGCCUUCUCCUGCUGCUCCUAGACGUGCAAGCUGUUCUCCAUUGUGCUUUUCGCAAGUGUCACAAGAAAGCCAGAUUGUGUCGUUUCCUCCAUCCAUGUCUUCGGAAUCUUCAACCUCGAGUUUUGUUUCUCCUUCUCCUGGGAGAUCUCGUAGGUCACCUCUUUUUCCGACCAGACCUCAACACAAGUGUUCUUCUCAAACGUCGUCAGUAAGUUCGGGUGACACAUUUGAUGGUUAUUUUCAUCCUUAUCGGUUAAGUGAAGCGCCUGCAAAGGAGAACGUCCCCGCACGCAAUCCAGAUGUGAAUGCUGGCGUUCCAUAUGAUAUCGGGAUUAACUCUGGUGGCUCACCUCGGUCUGGCCGUUUCGGAAAGUAUGUCCGGCCCAGACCUCCCACUCCAGGGUCCUACAUUCCCUACCCUCCGUCUCUUUCAGACAAGUUGGGAACCGAUCAGCAAUCAAGAGAUAUAGAUGUUAGUCCCGUCGUGAUGUCGAAGAGUAGACAAGGGCGGAGCUACAAUCCUAUUGAGGAAUCUGUACUUGCCACUUCGAGGGAGCAGGAAGGAGAUCUUUUGACUCAUGACGAAGAGGUCUUUUCAAAUGGCGGAACUACAGUCGAUAUUGAAGCGGAAAGUGAUACGAGUUCAAGCCGAGACAGCAUACACAGUGUUUCAAGUCGGAUCAGCACUCAAACCGAGCAGAGCACCAUAAGUCAGGUGAAGACUGGUAGGGAGAGUCUUGGUUCUUACUCGAUUUCUGGAUCUGCUCGCAGCCGCAGUGUACUGUCCGGACCAACAAUGAAGAACGUGUUUGAACUUAAAAGACCAGUCAAUACGAGUGCUACUAGAAGUUCAGAACAGCCUCUUAGAACUGCUGCGGAUGAGGACGUUAUCCGUCCUGCCGACGACAUCCCGGGCAGCGACUGUAAGGAGACAAUGGAUGCCUUGUGCAACUUGCGAGGGCACUACAAUUCUAUGGCGCACUUGAGGAGUAUGGAGGAGCCCUACAGUCCUCAGAAGCAGAAGGCACUCAUUACAGCAGAGGAUUUCCUUCCUUACAGCACUCCCCGUCGCCUAGUGCGAUCCCUGCAGUCUACCUUAUCUAGCCCGGAUUCAGGUUCAGGGAGUGUCGGUGACCUGGAUUCCAAAUCGACCGGAGAGGUGGUAGAUAUGGCCGAUAUGGACCUGGAGACCUCUAGUGAAGCUGGAUGGAGUGUGAGGGAUAAUCCAAUUGCCUCGGAUGACUCUUUCAAAACCGACAGUGACGAGGAGGACAGUGGAAGGAAUGUGUGCAAAAAGAUGACGGCUGAUCUCAGUAGUGAUACUUCUGCAUCACCUUCUGAUGAUAAUCAUGUAUCUGAUGCGUGUGAGCGACUAACAGACUCGGUUCUGGGCCUUGCUUCUGAGCUGACUAGUGUGAACAAAUCAUCCUCAAUAAAGGAUGGAAGAGUGAUUAAGCCUGAGGAGGAUGUGGAAAUCAUAAAGAGAACCCAGCAGGAUGGUAUCUCUAACUCCUACUCUCAAUCUCGAGGAGGUUUGAGGAGUUUGCUCGUUGAGGACAGUGCAUACGAUUGUUCGUGCAGCGGAAAAGACCAUGAGACUAAACAACUUUCUGGAGUAGAAGCUAUCUGCAAAGAUGGACAUGACAUCUUGUCUCCUGGUCUCUUCGGCGAGAAACUUAGUGGGGUGAUAAGUGGCAGGGUUGGCAUCUUCAUCAGCAAAAGCUGGCGGAGUGUACGUUCCUAUGCAGAGGUAUUCCUAGGUGGGUCUUUGCUGGUUGUUUUGGCUCUUCCGUUUGCCAUGGCUAUGUCAAAACUUUUCCUAUCUCGUCCUGAACUUCCAGGAUUAGUACCUACUUGAACUAAUUGUGAUUAACUUCCAAACUUCAUACGAACACCGAACCGUUGUUGUAUAUCUACGAAGGCUGCAGAGGUGUGUGACGCUAAUGCACUACAGGAAAGCUCUUGGCGCUUCUUCCUAGGUAGAAUUUAUUAGACUACUCAGUGUCCAUCAGUGGAAUCCUUGAUAUUGAAGUCCUUUACACUUCUCAGUAAAGUUGGACAAACGACACGUGUUUGCCUAAGUGGCCUAUAAAAGACUUGGUGACAUCAGGGGCACCAUAAUUGGGAAUUCGGUUCUUACUUUUAGUUGACAGUGGUAAGUUCUUAACUUUGUGCGACGAAAGAUGCCGUUUUGCCGGGAAGUGUAAAGAUGGCGGCAAAUGGUGGAAGGAGCGCCUGAAGGACGUGAAUAUAAUCAUGGGGAAAGAAUUAUUUCCUCGGCUGGCAACAGAUUGGGUAGAUAGAGGUGGUGUUUGCCAGGCCUGAAGAUUUGCAGAUUAGGCUUUUGUGAAGGCUGACAGGCAAAAUGAACAGACUAAGCUGUAACAUAACAACUUGGGAGGGUAGUUGGCUUUUGCCACCUCCUUUCUAGUUUGAUGGAGCGAGUUUCCCUAC